AUCUUCUAUCUUCUGUUGACUGUAGCAGAGGAGAAAAAAAAAUGAAUCUUUUAAGAAAGUUCGAGCACAAUCCGAGUCAGAAGUUUCCAGGUUUCUUCAAGGUCUACAUAGGAUCAAUGAGCUGUAAUGCUUUGCAUAUUUCCCCAUCUUUUGUUGCACAUAUGAACAAUUUAUUACCCAAAAAACCCAUCUUGAAAAGUCCCAAAGGAAAAUGUUGGACAGUGGAUGUUGAACAAGUGGGAGAAGAUAUGUUUUUUAUGGAUGGAUGGCCGAAGUUUGUUUCAGAUAACAAGAUUGAAGAUGGUCAUUUUCUUGUUUUUUCCUACAAUGGGGAUAUGACUUUCAACUUUCUCCAUUUCAAUCUUUCAUUAUGUCAAGUUCUUGAAGGUGAAGAGAGAAUGAUGAAGAAAGGGAGUUCUUCUUAUUCUUCUGUCGCAGAUCAGGAGGAGAUUUUCAUAGAUGGGUUGAUUAACCGUCCUGUAAAUCCUUUCUUUGUGACCAAACUUCGAUGGAAGAAGAGAAAUGCAUUGCAUCUUCCUGGUGAUGUGAUGAAACUUCACAACAUUAAGCUCCCAUCUACUGUGAUGAUGAUUGAUGAAGAAGGAAGAAGAAUUUAUACUAAGGUGUUGAGUUGGAGUGAUGGAAGGAAGUGGAUUAUUGAUGGAUGGAAGAUAUUUGUGAGGCAUAAUAACCUCAAAGAAGAUGAUAGGUGCAUAUGCGAGUUCUUGGUUAAUAACAGUGUUGAAGAUUCGGAUGAAGAAGAAGAUGAAGUGUUCUUGAAGAUGACUGUUAUUCGUGCUGGAUCAUGGCUGCUUAAAUAG